CUUUUACUUCUUUUACUCAGGUUGUUUUUAGAUCUUAUAUUCUUUGUUUUAAAAAUGACAUCUAUUGUUCGACCAUUUACUAUCUCUCUCUUAUCAACGACUAUCAACUAUGCCUGUGUGUUUCGUAUACCAUCAACCCAUCUUGUACAGGAACCUAUACCAACAUUAACCACUGCACUACCAUUAUUACUAUGUGCUCACAUCAUCCUACUUGCUAUAUCACUUACACUGAAACACAAGUUUAGCCUGUCAUUAAUUCUCAAGUCCUUACUAUCUACUGCUAUUGCUACUGUUAUUCUACAUGGUGUUAUUGUUCUUUUUGGUGCUUCCUUGUUUGAUAAAUUUUAUAGUACAGCGUUAUUUGCAUCAUUUCUUGCUAUAGUUACCGUGAUGUCCGCAUUUCAAUGUUUGGCACCAACUACCGGAUCUAUUUGGAUGAAAGUCUAUUUACAACAUAGUCCUACAACAACCAUUGAAAUUUAUUCUUAUACUCAAGUCAUCUGUGCCUUGUUAGGAGCAUGGAUUGGUGCUAUUGUAUUACCUUUGGAUUGGGAAAGGGAAUGGCAGGAAUGGCCGAUUUCAUGUGUGGUGUCUACUUUCCUAGGUCAUUUUGUGGGCGUGGUGACUGGAUUUGCUUGGUCUUCACUCAAACUCUUAUUUAGCAAAAAGAAAACUGAAUAGAUUCAACUAUGAACAGUGACUUCAAAAUUGAUGAUGGUGCUACUCAACAUUUAUCCUUUAGUAUUAGAAAUCUUGACUCUUUA